AUGCCUCACCGCGUGGCCACUUUCUUUCGUGCAAGCUCGCACUCUGUCGACCUGCUCGAGAAGGAAUUUACCAAAGCCGCCAAGGGAAGUAUAUCGCGAAACAAACCGGCCUUAAAUCGAUCACUCUCUCCACCACAACACAGCAGUGGCCCUGAUGAUAGAAAUACGAGGUUACAAGAAUCACACAAACGAAUUCAUAUCCCCGGCUUAUACUCCCCAAGAAGCUGUUCUCAAAAAUUAUUACUAGCCACGAGCUCCCUAGAUGUCGAGAUCGAAUCGCCACCCUUAGUUUUCUACGGUCCAACAACCACUAGCUCGGGUGCUCUUCUCUCAGGUCAAUUGAUACUCCAAGUCCAACACGAGACAAUUGCUAUCGAGUCUUUCAAAAUGAGUCUAGACCUAGAAUUGACUCACAAGAGACCCCAUCAUACACACUGCCGAAACUGUAGGAAACAUAAAACUGUCCUAGAGAGCUGGGUGUUUCUCAACGUUCCAACAACAUUGCCAAAGGGCCUCCAUAAGUUCCCAUUCAGCUGGAUUCUCCCCGGCCAUCUUCCUGCAAGCACUCAAGGUACUCUAUUCCAAAUCGAGUAUAAUCUGCACGCAGAAUUGGCCCUCAGUGGUGUUGAACCCGUCAAACUUUGCAAGGAACUCGAUAUACGGCGUGCUAUAAUGCCGCCCGAUGGGCCUAGAAGCUCCACUCGUAUUUUUCCACCAACAGACCUCACUGCUUAUUGUCAGCACCCUACGGCUAUCCACCCGAUUGGUACUUCGACUGUUUCAAUUCGAAUCGAUGGAUGUGUAAAGAAAAGUGUUGACGCAAGUACACAACGUCAAUGGAAGUUAAAGAAACUUUACUGGCAUCUUGAAGAGAAGCAAAGAAUUACUUCGCCCCCCUGCUCAAAACAUGCAAUGAAACGACCAGGUCACGAAGGGGAAGAUAAAGGAGUGACCCACACUGACGUUCGUAUUAUUGGUGAAGGCUACUUCAGAAUGGGCUGGAAAUCAGACUUUUCCGUUCCUGACGGGAGGAUAGAAGUAGAAUUCCCCUUUGCCAUUCGACCCGGUGCUCAACCUCUCUGUGACAUGAAGAGCGACAACGAUACCGAGGUUUCGCAUUCCCUUGUUGUCCAGAUGGUAUUCAUCGAAGAAAUAAUGUCGAAGCUGACUACAUCUGAGGAUAUACCGACAGGCGCCGCAAGAGUUUUAAGGAUGCAUUUCAAUGUAAUAGUUACCGAAAGAUCCGGCCUAGGCAUAUCCUGGGACGCAGAACAGCCACCACUCUACGAGAACGUUCCAAUGAGCCCACCGCGGUAUGAAAAAACUACUAUAAACGAGAUUGACUCAAUCCCCACCUAUCAAAGCCUGAGUUCAACUGAGUCGCUUGGGUCAAGUCUGGACCAAAUACGGUCUGUGGCCCACACAAACUCGACUCCCCUACACGGGAUUCCGAAAAUAUUGUGUGGGUCAGGGCGACCAGCAAUGAUGACAUGA